AUGACUCCACAUUGUUUUGAUUUAAUGUCAUCGUCAACAACAAUAUCAUCAUCAAGUUUAUCUAUUCCAAUUGUACCAUCAUCAUCAAUAAAUGCAAAUCAUACAGGUGGUCAUAUCACAUGUGUUAUUAUUGGUGAUAGUGGCGUUGGAAAAUCUUCAUUAGUUGUUAGUUAUACAACAAACGAUUUUCCAACACAAUAUGUACCUACAGCAUUUGAUAAUUAUUCAGUUGAUGUUUCUGUAGGUACUCGACUUGUCCAUUUUGAUAUAUGCGAUACAGGAGGAAAAGAACAAUUUUCAUCUCUCCAUGGUCUUUGUAUCCCAUAUAGUGAUGUAGUAUUACUUUGCUUUAGUGUUGUUAAUCCACAAUCAUUUCAAAAUGCAGUAACAUAUUGGUUAUCACGUGCUCGUCGUUCCAAUGCAAAUAUUCCAAUUAUACUUAUUGGUACACAAAUGGAUUUACGAUCUGAUUUAAAAACAUUAUUAACACUUGAUCAACAAAAAUUAAAACCGGUGACAGAAAAAGAAGCACGUGCACGUGCACAACAAAUACAUGCAUGUACUUAUAUUGAAUGUUCAGCAUUAACAGAAAAAAAUUUAAAAAUUGUUUUUGAUACAGCUGUUAUAACAGCACUUGAUUUUCGUGAUGCCAAUGUAACAUUACCACUUCCAUCAACAUCUAUUGUACCAUUAAUUGAACAACAAAAUCAAACAAAUAAUAAACAACGAACACGUCAUCGUACACAUUCAAAUAAAACUUGGAGAAAAUUAGUAUCAGGAUGUAUUGGUGUUUAA